ACCCGCCGCGGUCACUCUGGGCACGAGGCUUGUUUAUUGGGCGAAAUUUAAUGAUUGCCUGUAAUCAUUCAACAUUUGCGUGAGUUGCCAAACACCGACCCAACCAAAAUUCCGUUUCGGCCACAAUCCGCCUACAACCAACUCGUAUAUAUCCAGAAAACAACCGAUCCGGAGCCGCCACUCCAGCAGCAGCAGUUCAUCCGCGGGCAACUAAACCAGAAAUCGCUUCUUCGCUCCGAAAUCGCGUGAAUCUCGUUGAAUCGGGGAAUCGGAGAAUCGUCUCUAUGUCGUCUGUAUGCUAGUCGUGCAGCAGCAGUACUAGCAGGCCAGCAGCCGCAGUGUCAAUUAGCAGUUUCGCAUAACACCACCUCACGCGUACACUCUGCACCAUCACCACCGCCAGCACCACCCCCCCGAAAACCACCCGCCCGUGCGUCCGUGUAUCGUCGUGAUAUCCGUGUUAUACAACAAAAUUGCACCGUGCCCAACAUACGCCGGCCAAAAGUUGCCCGCAAACCAACGCCGAUCUUCGCCAGGCGGAGCGACCCGGUCCCAGCGGAGAAAGCGGCUCUGCAUCUGCAACUGCAACUGCAUCUGCAACUUGGCAGAACUGGUCCGGAUUUGCAGGUUGUCGUAAGAGGAGCAGCGACUGCAAGGGCACAACCACAACAUUAGCGCACAGUCGAUAGUCAUAGCUGCAGCACCAGCCCCCAACACUUGAAACAGUUCGGAUCGGCAACGGAUCGGAUCCACCAUGAACAUCGACGACUACGAAUCGCUGCCCACCACCAGUGUGGGUGUCAAUAUGACGGCGGGCGCAAUUGCGGGCGUGCUGGAGCAUGUGGUCAUGUAUCCGCUGGACUCCGUCAAGACGCGAAUGCAAAGUCUUUCACCGCCCACACAAAACAUGAACAUUGUGUCCACCCUUCGGAACAUGAUCACGCGUGAGGGCUUGCUGAGACCCGUUCGGGGAGCCAGUGCUGUGGUUCUGGGUGCGGGACCAGCGCACUCGCUGUACUUCGCCGCCUACGAGAUGACCAAGGAGCUCACGGCCAAGUUCACAUCAGUGAGAAACCUCAACUAUGUGAUUUCGGGAGUGGUGGCCACCCUCAUACACGACGCCAUCUCUAGUCCCACGGAUGUGAUCAAGCAGCGGAUGCAGAUGUACAACUCACCCUACACAUCGGUGGUAUCCUGCGUACGGGAUAUCUACAAGAAGGAGGGCUUCAAGGCCUUCUACAGGGCAUACGGCACACAGCUGGUCAUGAAUCUACCAUAUCAGACAAUACAUUUUACCACAUACGAGUUUUUCCAGAACAAAUUGAACCUGGAACGCAAAUACAAUCCACCAGUGCACAUGGCAGCGGGUGCAGCAGCCGGUGCCUGUGCGGCGGCUGUAACCACGCCCCUGGACGUGAUCAAGACGCUACUGAAUACUCAGGAGACUGGACUGACGCGCGGCAUGAUUGAGGCCAGUCGAAAGAUCUACUACAUGGCCGGUCCAUUGGGCUUCUUCAGGGGCAUGACCGCCCGCGUUCUGUACUCCAUGCCCGCCACGGCCAUCUGCUGGUCGACGUACGAGUUCUUCAAGUUUUAUCUGUGCGGCUUGGACGCUGAUCAGUACAAAUCGUCAAUUACGGGCAGUUCGGAGCCCCGCAAAGCGGACUACGUGCUGCCCAGGACUACGGAUGAGGAGCAGAUCGAUCAGAAUCGCGAGGCGACGAAGGAGAAGGACACCGCAGCGACCCUGCACUCCGCUCCGACCUCGGUCAAUACCUCCGGUGCCAUUAAGACGGUGUGCGAGCUGUCGACGCGACCCGCCGGGCCAACAAUCAACCUGCACACGCGGCACACGGACGUGAAGAGUCCCUACGAAAGGGGCUUCAGCACGUAGGCGCCGCCAGUGGGCGUGGCCGCGAGCGGGGCCCGCGUUCGAAACGUUUGCAGCAGCAGCGACAGCUAAACCUAAGCGUAGCUAUUAGUUGGCGGUGGGGAAUGGGGAAGCUGGGAUGGAACUGGGGGCCUUUUGGGCAGGUGAGCGACACGGUGUUCGAAACGCCUGCCGUUCCGCCAACCACCGCCUGGCCACUGCCCCACUUCCAGCGCACCCGAACCCAGCUGCUUGUAUGAAUACUCUGCGAGGAGUCGGUGAGAGAGUUUUAUCACUCCAUAGUCGGAGGUUAAAUCGUAGUUGUUGUUCUGCACAAAACUCUCGCUCUCACACACAACACGCAAAACUCCACACACAACAAACACACACACACCUUACACCUUCCCUACACACACACAAACACAAUGACAGUUUUAGGCAAAGUGCGAAAUUCUUGUUAAAAGUAUAUGCUAUUGAUAAUAUUGUAUCUAUGUUAUUUCGAAAUGAGAGAACCUUCUUGUAAAAUACUAUUACCUAUGUAUUACAAACUUUGAUUUACUACAUUUAUAUAUAUUUUUUUUAAACAAUUUUCAAAUGAUAUAUGCAUAUAUUUAUGUUGAUCGUUGUAAACUAAUCAAGAGCAAAAAAUGUAAAGCACACACGCGCGCGAGAAGCAAAUUCAAUAAUUUGUAAUCAAAUUACACCCCAAAAUCUUCAAACUGAGAUGUUACAAAAUAUAACGAACAGCAGAUACAGCUCCCAGAGAACUACGUCUCCCCCAGAUUGCCCAAUCUAUACACCCGGUACUAAUUAGCCAGCCCCAUGUAGAGCAGUAGCCUAGCUAUGUCUAUUGUCCUUGCUCCAGGCACUCGACUGCAAUUGCUUAUAUAGCUGCACGAUCUUUCCCAUCCUCUGCAGUGUUUUAAUCCAUCAUCACACAUCAACCUCGUCUCAGUGCUAGAGUUCUCCAUUCUUGAGUAGCAAACGCAGUCUAGUGCCGGAGAUCAGAAUAUACAAUAAUACAUCAUAUUAUUACGUUCACUGUUAUUUUUGUUUAUAUAUAUGCAUAAUAUAUAUAUGGAUAUGCUACACCGGCGAUUAUUAAACUGUAAGGUGUAGCGCUAAAAUUACAAUUUUAUUGUUAAAGAAUUCAAAAGAAAACACAAGCGAAAGCAAAACCAUUGGCAAGCGAAAAGGCCCAUUAAACGGAUGAAAGAAGA